CGCUCAGUGAAAGUGGAACGGCCCGCUGCUCUCCUCACUGAGGGUGUGUCCUUACGGAAGUUUAAGUAAUGGGAGAGCAGGUUUUUUCAAGUCUCCAGUGGACAUUGAAAAGACGAGCCCGUGGCUCCGUUACUCCACUCAUUCUUCUAGAGAAUAGCGGAAGCGCGACCAUGGCAGCGGCCACCCAGCAGAUGUCGAGUCUGCCCAGCGGAGUCCGGAUCUGUAGCACCAUACCGGACAUCUUCUACCUGCCCGAGCUGGUGUUUGGAGGGCUGGUAUGGAUCCUGGUGGCGUCUACACAUGUGACACCGCCAAACCCUCUAGGAUGGGUGAUGUUUGUAUCAGUCUUCUGCUUUGUGAUAACCUCACUCUGGCUCAUCAUCUUCAUCUGCGGAGCGCACAAAAACAGCAGCGCCUGGGCUACAGCGGACUUUUUUUAUCACCUGAUUGCUGUUAUAUUCUAUCUGAGUGCCUCAGUGAUCCUGGCCUAUAUCACCAUCGGCAUGAAAGACAUAACGUUACUGCCUCAGAUUCCCUUUAAGUACUACCAAAUUGACAUCGCAGCUGUGGUGUUCUCGUUUGUUACCACAUUGCUUUACUUCCUCCAUUGCGUCUUUUCUGCUGUGCGGUGGAAAUCCUUCUAAUCAAACAAUCUGAGCAAAAGGAAAUCAAUUUGAUAUAAAUUGUAUAAUAAAUUGAAAAUAAUAAACACUGAAAGACCACUGGGACUGAAAGAAGAAUGUCAGGGACCAGUCCUGAGUGCCCUCUACACAGAAACACAAACCACAGCAAUCCUGAUAGAAUAAACCCACUUAUUUUUUUCGUAUUAGAUCGUUCCGGCCUUAUUACUUUUCUAAUGAUGAUGCAUUCUUAUAUUUGGGGGAAGGGAAACUUUCUGAAAUGCUAUCUGUACUAGGACAAUGACGCUCAGUGUAGAUGUGGAUGAAGAAAUAAUGUGGAUUUUUGUAUACUUCUUGUACCUUUGUAACAGAUUAACUAAUUUUUGUAUAUUUAGCUACUAAACACUAUGAACAAUACAAUAUUUUAAUAAAAGAAUAUAAACU